AUAGCCCACAAUUACAUAAUAACCUCGAAAACUACGGCCUACAAGAAUGAGAACCUUCCCACCAAGUCAUCAACCUUCCAACUUCAAAAAAGUGUCUCUCUCACAAGUCACAACCCCAAUUCUAGACCCAAUUCAAGUAAGCAUCUCUAUCUUUCUCUUUCUCUAAUAAUCUAAAUUAAUCAACUGUUUCUGUAUACUUUUAAGUUGUACUAUGUAGAUUUUGUUUGAAAAUGGUACAUAUAUAAAUGCUUUGUUAGGUAGUGGAUAAGCCUGUACUGAAAGAAAAUCAUGUUUUCCAAGUUUAAAUCUGGGUUGUUCCCGGAUCAAAAUGAUUCUAGUGAUGGUGAAUUGUUGCGUGAUAUUGAAGAUAUUAGUAAAGCCCUUUAUGUUGAGAACAAAACCCAUGCAACUUCUUUGAUUUCUUACUCUAAAUUUGGCCAUAAAUCAACAAAAUCUAGUUUUGAAAAAGAUGAGUGGUUGAAGGAGGAACAAAAGCAUUCUUCAAUUUGGAGUUGGAAAGCCUUUAAGGCUUUGACCCACAUUAGGCAGAAGAAGUUUAAUUGUUAUUUCUUUUGUCAUGUUCAUUGUAUUGAGAAUUUGAUGGGGGAUUUUAAUGAUAUUAGUAUGGUUGUGAAUUGGAAGAGGAAGGAUGUCGUGCUCAAGACUCUGCCGUCGCGAGUCUCAAAUGGGAUUGUUGAGUUUGAGGAAACAUUGAUGAGUAAAUGUUGUGUAUAUGGUGCUAAAAAUGGGUCUGGGGACUUUGUGAAGUAUGAACCUAAGCAUUUUCUGCUAUAUGCAUCUGUAAUUGGGGGGGAAGGGCUUGAAAUUGGGAAGCAUUGGGUUGAACUUACUAGGUUGCUUCCUCUUACGUCUGAGGAAUUGGAGCAAGAUAAUUGCUCCGGGAAAUGGUCGACAAGUUUUAAGCUUGUGGGUAAGGCUAAAGGUGCUACAUUGCAUGUUAGUUUUGGGUUUUUGAUUACAAAGGAUGGUUUAUUUGAAUCUUGUAGUAGUGUAAAACCACCUCUUCUUCUUAGCUUAGAGCAAAAUGGGUUGAGCAGGAUGAGCUCUGCUGAUGCUGGCUCUGUUGGGGAAAGUAGCACACUUAGGCGGGUUGGUAGUGUUCCCAAUAGCGUGACUAAUUUGUCUAGUUCAGCCCAACACUUGGAUACGAAGCUAAGUUUGCAAAAGGACGCACAUGAUUUAUCAAAUUCCAUUAGUAUGCUUUAUGGAAAGCUUGAGGAAGGGGGUGUUAAUAAUCUGAGUAAGAUUGACAUGGAUCUUAAGCAUUUGGAACCCCUUCAUAUAGUUUCGAACACGUUAUCUGGUUCUGCAAAAGAUUUCAGUGGUGUUAAUGAUGAUGAUUCUGAGUUAACAGUGGUUGAUAAAGGGGUAGAACCAAAUUAUAUGUCCACGGAAAUGAAUGAGUGUAAUGAAUGUAAUGCUGAAGACUUGAAAGCUUCAACUGUUGAAAUAAUAGAUGUAGCUGAAAUUUUCAAGGGUGAAGGGAUAUACUCAGAUGAAGACAUAAAGAUUGAUAGAUUGGAUGAAGCCUCUGAGUGUGUUGCAAAAGAUGCCCCAAUACAUAAAUACAGUCUUUUGGACACCGAAGAGUCUAAUCUUGAGGAGGGUGGUUUAGAUUUAAGUAAAUCGUUCUUGUUACAGUCUCCGGAGUUAGAAAUACCGGAGGAUGAGAUGUCUGUUGAGGUCAAGGUUAAGCAUAAGGCUAGUAAUCUUGUCGAUUUAUUGAGCUUAGAUGAUUUUGAUAACAAUGUGGUUAAUGAUUUCUGUAACCUGCUGCAAGAUAUGCAUUCUCCGUCAAGCGGAAAAUCUAAUUUCAAUCUUGAAUCUCCUAGAGAACGUCUUUUAAGACAAUUUGAAGAAGAGAUGAUGACGUCUGGCGGCCUUCUCCUGGAUGUUGAACAAUACGAUGAAUGUGAAGCUCCUAGUGUCCCCUCUUCCGACUAUGUCGAAAGUGUGGAAUUGUCUCCUAUCUUUGAUACCGCGAACUUAGCAGGCGAAAGUGCGCAACUUUCAUUAAGACAUAAACUCAAGGCAAGUAGCCUUGAACGAUUGGAGACUCAGACGUUAAUGCAAAGAUGGGGUUUGGACGAGGAAGACUUCCUAAACUCCCCUCUCUAUAGCAGUGGUGGGUUUGGGAGUCCUAUUUUUUUUCCUCCCGAGGAACCAGUUGUAUUGCCUCCCCUUGCAGAAGGAUUGGAGCCAUUGCUUCAUUUAAAGGAUGGAGGUUAUCUGCGGUCUAUGAGCCCUUUGCAUUUCAGAAGUGCGAAGAAUUGUGGACGCUUGAUCCUUCAAACUUCAAAAACUCUUGUGCUACCAACAGAGUUGGGUUCUGAUAUUAUCGAUAUAUUGCAUUGCUUGGCUUUGGUUGGCGGUGAGAAGCUGUCCAAGAAAGUGCGGAGUUUAAUGCCUCUUGAUGAUAUUUCUGGAAAGAUUAUGCAGCAACUAGCAUGGGAGGCUUCAUAUGAAGCAGAGGUGCUUGAAAGCCACAGGCAAGCGUCUUCACAGUAUGAAUCCGAAAUUGUUGGGGUUGAGGGGGGUCCACAUGUUCAUGGGUCUAAUUGCUUUAGUUCAAGUCUGAUAGGUUGCAACAUUGGGUCAGCAUACAUGGCUGCGAAAGAUCUGGUCUUGUUGGGACUUGACAAUAUAGAACCCCUCUUGAUUGAAGGGUUGAAAAUACAGUCAGGCAUGCCGAAUCAUGAUGCACCUUCCAGCAUCAGGGUAAAAUCUGUAAAGGAAGACAGCACUACUCAACACAAAAUUGACUAUUUUGAUGACUCUUCUGAUUUCAUGGGUGUUGAAGGUACAGCCGAAUAUGCUGAUGAAUUAUUGGAACUUUCUAUUUCGCUAGAUGAGUGGUUAAGGCUGGAUACAGGACUGUCGGGUGAUAAAAAUCAGGUUGAUAAGCGUACCUUGAGGGUGCUAAGAGCUCAUCAUGGUAAAGCAAGCUAUGUGAAUAACUACUUGGGAGGAGGAGAACAUACGCUAAAUGAUUCAAGAAAGUGCGGAUUUUUGGGUGAUGUUCUUACUCUCAUAUUAAUGUUACAGCUCAGAGAUCCGCUCCGAAACUAUGAACCAGUUGGUGGGCCAAUGUUGGGUCUAAUUCAAGCAAAGAGACUUUUCAAACCUGUGACUCAACCAAUGGAGGAUGAUAAACAGGGAGAAGAAACGGUGAGGUUUUUGUUGAAGGAUGUUCAUGUUGCAAGUUUGAAUACGGAAUCUGAGAAUGCUGAAACAUGGUCUUCUAAAAGACAACAAGAGGCAGGAUCGCGGUGGUUGCUUGCUAGUGGGUUGACCAAGACCGAGAAUAAGCCUCGCAUUUCAAAGUCACGGUCAAUAAUGAGAAUGCAUACCCAUGUGCUUAGAAAACUAUGGACUAAAUCCUUUAUUUGGAGCAUAUCUCGCACCAUUCAUGGAGUUGAAGCUGACCCUCAAAACCCACUCACUCGAAACCCUGACGUAAUAUUUCCUUCAGAGACUAUUUGAUGCACUUGGUAAGAAACAUGUUACUUAUAGAUUGGAUGAAUGUUUUUAUGUCAUAUUUCUGUUUUGGUGCACUGUUUUUUUCCCUUCUUGUAAGUAUGAUUCUAAUACUUCUGGAUAAUGAUAUGUAAUUAGUCACUUUUCAACGAAGCUUCAGUGGUAUAUAUUUGAGUAUAAGUUGAAAUCCUUUUUGUGAUGAUAAAUGACAUAGGGUUCUUUUUGAGUGGACAUAAAUAAUUGUACCCCACAAAUUAUAUGACGUAGUUGUUGAUGAUGAAACAAUGCUAGUGCAAUAUUGUUCUGUUUUUUGAGUCAUAUUUUGUAUUUUAUUUAUUUAAUUUUUUUUAUUGAUUUGCCAUUUUCAAAGUUGACUUACAAUUAAGGCAUUUAGGAGUUUUGGAGUUUUAGCUGCCCUUCCUUGUCAAAAUGACCCUACCCCUUGAAAAAAAAGGAAAAGAAAAGAUGAGGUUUGCAAUCAAAAGGGACCCAAGUGACCUUUGUUGUUAUCCCUCAAGUUUCAAGCAAGAUUCAUGGUUGGUUCAAGUAAUAACCCCUCCAUCUUUCAUGGAAAGAAAACUUGCUUCUCCAUUGUACUUUCUCGCCCUAUGAUUUUGUUACACUUUUCGAUUUAAGUCGUAUUUAUAUUUUUUGUAUAUUUCUAUAUUUGUUUGUGAUUUUACGUACUCUCUUCUAAUCUCACCUGCAAACAAAUUUCCUCCUUUCGUCUCUUUUUUUUCACCCCCGUUUUCUACGGAUACAAAUUAAUAAAGUUACUUUGCCCUAUUACAGCAAAAUUAAAAGAACCGAGGAAGUAUUAGUUAAGCAUUCAAUACUCAUGCGAGUAUGUGAGGUUGCAUAUUUUUACCUACUACAACCGACUUGGUGUGUUGCGCCGAUUCUUUUGAGUAUUAUAACUGGAAACACCUCUUGAUCCCUUAUUAACACUCUUUUACAUUUCAAAAUAACUUUACUUGAACAUAUUUACCCUUAGCCAUGAACCUCCUUUGUAUAUUUAAUUCAAGCAACUUUUCUGUUUUUUUUUUCGUUUCCUUCUUUCAAGAAAAAUAGAGAAGUUGCAAAAAUAGAAGUCGCUAACUCGAAUUAUUAAUCACAUUAGUUUCAUUCAAGUAUCUUGGACGAUAUGCUUAUCCUAGACCCACAUUUUCGUUCCCAUUCGAGCCUGAGCGUCACGUUGAAUCCAAUCUCUUCUUUACUCAACUAAUCCUACUUCGUUUUUAAUAAUAAAAAGAGAAGAGGGAUUAGUCACAGAUUGUAGAUUCUAGCUCUAAUCUAAGUUAACCCCUUACCCGUCUCAAUAACUAGAAUCAAAACAAGGGGAAUGUCAACGCAUCUGGGAAAAAAACGAUUGAUUUCUAUUAAUAGACGGCUAAAGACCCAAACCAAGUCUGACUCAGCUCAUCCCUUUAUUGACCAUUAUUAUUCUUGAGGUUUUUUUUUUUUGUAAGAUAGGUGGCUCGGCUUGAUGUCCAUGUAUUCAUCCCCAAAAAAGAUUAUACAUGUUGCGCGUUUUAGCUCACCUAAAGUUUCCUAAAAUUGCAAAUGAAAGCCAUGUAUAAGUUGAUUACAUUGUUGAACAAAGUUUGUCACUUUUCCUAAAAUUGCAGUAAUCAAACAAUGGUUUUCCCAACACAUCGUUGUGUCUAAAUGAUUCGUUAAAAUAUGUUCGCAUUCAUUUUGAUUUUUGAGACAAGAUAGUUUUCGAAUUGAAAACUUAACUUGAAUUUCUGUGUUCAUAAAAUGAUUUGAACUGGUUUGAAUUCUGCAAAUAAGUCUUUCUAGGACCUAAAUUUUAGCACUUUGCUAUCAGUUUUUAGCAUGUCAUUCUUUUAAGAUUGGACCCAUCUUAUUUGCAGUGUGAAUAAACAGACUUCCCUUUUUGUUUGGUAGAUUGAUCCUAUCACCUUCAGAUUACUUGUGAUAUGUGAAACCUUACUACUACCAAGUACUACCCCAUUGCACACUCUAGAAGAUGUAAUUCAUAUUCAAAAGAAUAGAUACUGCUUCUCCUUGGUCUUCGGUGUGAAUUAGGUUACAAUAUUUCCUGAUUUCUGAUGUUCAGUCAUCUGUCACACUGCAGAUAGCAUUUCUUUUGUAUAUGUUUCGUGUUCUGAACGUCAAGAGUCAAGACCUAUUCGAAUAGGUCAAAUUCGUACUCGUUCUCCUACAUUCAAUCUUUUGAUUGUCUGGAGAAUUAUGUGUUGGCUUGAUCGUUGAAGGCUUUUCCUUUCGCUAUAGUGAUA